AUGUCUCCCCCGUCCGGAGAUGUUUCUCACACCCCUGAACCUAAGUCGAGCGGCGGAUUCGCGAGUGUUUUCAAGAGUUUAACUGGCGGGGGAAGAUCGUCGCGGGGUCUGAAUGCUCAAGCUGCGGCUCCUCCUGCUCAGCGCCUCGAUGGAGUCAGCAGCAUCCAGUCCCCGUUAUAUGGAGGUCCGCCAGAUUACGAACAAUUGCACGAGCUGCUGAAAAUUGGAAAUCCGUUGCCGGAGAGAAUUGCAGCGGCCGGGUCUAUCUGCCACGCAGUACGAGACUAUCCUCUGAGCGGCGUCACAACCAUAUUUCGGGAAGCCAAGGACUUGAUCGAGCCCACGAAGCCAAUCGAAUCGCGGGUAGCUGGCUUCCAGUUGUUGACAGCCUGUGUUCAAUAUGCUUCUUCGACAGACCCCGAAAGAUUAGCUUAUUACAAUGUUCUCACAUCGUCAAAUGUCAACCCUGAAGAUUUCAAUAUGCAACUGGUGGCUCUGGUGGAACUCGCAAAACACGGCAAGGAACUUUCGGGGUUUCAUUACGCAUUAAUACCUCUGCUCACGUCAUGGCUACAAUGGUGCUUCAAAACGACAGCGGCUGCGCGGAAGAAGGCAGGGCACGCUGGAAAGUCCAAAGGCAAAAUUCAAAUCCCUGAGGAACAUGAUCUCUCUUUGCUCUUCGCCUUCAUCGCGGAUGUGAUCAAGUUCAGUUGCUAUGUAAUCACUGAACAGGCCACUGGAGAGCUUAUUGAUGUGGUUCUCGGGAUCUGCUUGCAAACACCAUUAUCCGGCGAUAUAAGAGCCUGCAUCAGCAUUAUAGACGCCAUUAUCACUUUUGGAGAAGUACCAAGUGGGAAGCUGAUGGACUGCAUUAAGGUCAUAUCUUCAAUUCACUGUCUGGUUGAAGAUGCCGCGCCGGCGGCCUGGAAUACUAUCAAGAACUUCUCUACCUCACACAAUGGACAAACCGUAGUCCAGAUUCUCUUGGAUAUUCUGCGUAAUCCUAUCAUAGACGGGGACACGGGAAAGCAGAAAGUACGGGAAGUUCGUGGAGCCAUAUCCGUCUUACAAAACCUCUUCGCCGAAAAUGGGGAGGAUCGGUUUCCGUUGGUCCCAUUCACGCAGCUCGUCCAGGCUCUCGAUACCGUAACGACUGUCGAGCACUCGAAAUUGGAUCUGGAUCUCCUGAAGCUUGUCCUUUCACUGUUCGGUGACGAGAACCGUCAAGUCGGACAGAAUGUCAUGGAGGAAGAUUGGAGCGCACUAUUUGAUGUGGUUGUGAGAUGUUCACAGCGUGCACUGGAGACUCCUGAUGGACGACAGCUUUUCCAUCGUUCACGAUUCGCUCACCAUCUAUCAAGUGAGGAUCCACCUGAGCAUGGCACCACAGGCAUCGCACAAACUCUGUACAGACUAGUUAUCCGAAUUGAGAACCUAUUCGUCACCCACGCCGACGAAGACUUUAUCCAACAAGAGGAUUGUGUUAGAUUUUUCGCUCGUGUGCAUGCACAUCUACCAGAGUCUUGCGCCAGACUCGUAAUUGAUCAUUUUAUAGAAUACCGAUAUUGUUACCCUUCAAACAUCAGGUGGAAGGGUAACGUCAAGACUAUUUUGGACGCAUUCUUCAGCGAUCGGGAACAACCUACGAAUAUUCGUUUGCAUGCCCUCAGAGCUGUUACAGAUGUAUUUCAGGUGGUUGAGAUGAUGCAAGAUGAGUCCACGUCCAACGAUCACGACGAGCCUGAUAUCGUACGUAUGUUUGUCACAGCAAUUUUAGACGACGUUGGCGAUGAGAAAGAUAUUGAAAUUCUGCAAGAAACAAUUGCUUUUGCCGUCAGUGUUGCCGAGAAUGCCGACCACGACUUAUUCGACUACGUUAUUCGUACCAUCCGCGGCAGCAUAUUGACCGAUCGACUCCAGUCACCUAUGGGGUCUCCUGGCUUGUCUCGCCAGAAUAUACUAGGUUCACCUCAUCCCUCUACGGGACCAACAGCUGUAGUGCAAACACCUUCUAACGUCGUGACAAGGGGCCUCAUCUUGAUCUGGAUGAGGACAAUGGAUAAAUCGACCUACAAGUCUGUCCGCACCUUCGAGGAAAUUCUCAAGAUUGCUAGUUCAGUCUCCUGCGAAACUGAUGCUCGAAUAUCGGCCAUGAAAAUGCUUUUCCGCUUGAGGGCUGACUGGGCAAAUAGAAUACACAUGGUCCUCUCUACCGACUCCGAUGGUCUUGCUGCCUCGCUUUACCGUACUCCAGCAUCUUUUGCAAGAAAACAAGCGAUGGACGAGGCUUCUCAGCAACAACGAGCGUCGCGAGCUGAAGAUUCAUCGAGUCCCCGAACCUCACGGAGUGUCUCUUUCGGUCAGUCGCAACCUAGCUCCAGACAAUCUCAUCGUACAGCGAGCGGACUUGCGAGAACUGUACAACGUACUCACCAGACCUGGAUGUGCCCAGAUCCUGAUGCUCUGCCUGAAGCAAUUACUGGCAAAGCAAGCUCUCUGCUCAUCUCUGUCUUUGAGAGCCGGAAUAAGACCCACGAUGCUGCCUCUCCCCUGCCGAAGGAUGACGCAACAGAAGAUGAUGAUAGCGCUGACGAAGUUGAUAACGACGUGGAUGAUGAUAAUGAAGCGAUAAAAAGCGAACCGCUACCAACACGCAAGCAACAAGCAACACUGAAUAUUGAAACGUAUCUCGACACCAUCACAAAUCUAUUACGAAAUGGAUGCGACUGGGAGGUAUAUAGCUUUAUCUUGGUUCACUUGCCUUCCCAGCUCACUAAUCAGGCACUGUUUAAGAAAGCGAUCACUCAGAUUCGAAGCCUGAGAGAAGUUGUUUGCGAACUCAUUAAGAACAACAGCUUUCUUGACCCGCCAAUAUCUUCCGGUUUGCGUAAAGCUGACGUUGCCAUCUGUCUUUUCCAGAUACUCACCAUGGUAACGGGCUAUCACCAGCAUUUUAUGAGGCUUGAGCAGGACGAUAUUGUUAAGACCUUUCUACAGGGAAUAGGCUCUACGGAAAGGACCGCGAAGUCAUGCAUUCACGCUCUGUCGAUCUGCAGUCACGAAAUGCCAGCCUCAAUCGCCAAGUUAAUGGUGACAAUUCUUCAAAAGAUGUCAAUGAUCAUUACUCAAUCACACGUGGCGGUUCAUAUUCUCGAAUUCCUUGCUUGUCUUGCGAGAAUGCCUGGUUUAUACGUCCAUUUCAGCUAUGAUGAGUAUAAAACCAUAUUUACUAUCUGUUUCCGCUACCUCCAAUACGUAAGAGAUCAGCCAGUAAAAGAAAACAAAGAUACAACAGCUCGGAGCAGCUACCCCCAUGCUCGGAACUCUUUAGCCGCUACAGAUCACAGCCAAGCUGAAAGCAACUUUCAACCUAACACUUCAGACGAGUUGCCGCAAUACGUCUAUGCGUUGGCUUAUCACGUCGUCAUAUUUUGGUUUCUUUCUCUAAAGCUGAGUGAGCGUGCUGGCCAUGUUUCCUGGAUAGCAAAAUACCUCGUAUCAGUAGACGCCAAUGGAAAGGAGAAGAUAGAUGAGCAAGCACAGGUCACGCUGGACUUUAUGCAGCGCAGUGCUUAUGCUGACGUCGAUGAAUCCGCUGCAGACCCAACUUUCACGAAAGAACGAUUUGGGGAUAUCUUGAAACGGAGGUGGAUUGUAGGUCAUAGCAUCGUGACGAUCGAGCAAGCUACACGAGGUGGUUGGGCUCAAAUCACGAAACGUCAACCAUCUGGGACCUCAUGUUACAUCAUUCGUGAGAAGUUCAAUCGACCCCCUGCCCACCAAGAACAAGUACCACACGAUCAUUCUCGAGAAUCUCGGCCAGCUGAUGCAAACGUCGUACUUCCUAGUCACCUCCUUCUUCAGUUAAGUGCAUCAGUUCCGCAGUCUGGAGUUAUGGGACGGCCAAUUGCUCUCCCAAGUGAACCGGCUGUGGACCGAGCCAUUGCUGGGUUCGACCGUAACUUUACUGUCGAUGGACACAAAGUUGGCGUGAUCUAUAUUGGAGAGAAUCAAACCAACGAGGUUGAGAUUUUGUCAAACAUAAUGGGCAGCAGCGACUAUACGAAUUUUCUCUCCGGUCUUGGUACCCUCACGAAACUGCAGGGCGCGAAUUUCAAUACCCAGGGAUUAGAUCGUACCAGCAACAUCGAUGGGGAGUAUGCCUUUUGUUGGCGUGAUCGAGUCACAGAAAUUGUUUUCCAUGUCACAACACAAAUGCCGACGGACCUUGAAAGAGACCCUCAGUGUAUUGGAAAGAAGCGGCACAUUGGUAACGAUUUCGUAAAUAUUAUCUUCAACAAUUCUGGCCUACCUUUCCGCUUCGACACCUUUCCCUCCGAGUUCAACUACGUCAACAUCGUGAUCACGCCGGAAUCGCGAGCAUCAUUUGUUGCCACUCGGACUCGAAGUGAAGAAAGUAUAAAGAAUGCAUUCUACAAGGUACAGGUAAUGAGCAAACCUGGAUUUCCAGAGAUCUCACCGGCUGCCGAGACAAAGAUCAUGAGUCUGGCUGCUUUGCCUGGCUUUAUUCGAUUACUGGCUCUCAACGCUUCGGUUUUCUCUCUUGUUUGGGCAAACAAGCAAGGUGGAGAGCAUGUCUCCUCUUGGCGCAACCGUCUGCGUGAUAUCAAUCGUUUACGUGAGAGAUACAAACCCAAGCCCUCGUCUGCAUCGACACCUACCUCCCCACCUGGCACAUCGAACGGUUCAUUACAUGAAGCCAGGAACGUGCGAGAUAGCAUCAGCAGCAUUCGCCGGUCGUCAGUCGCAAACUUCAUAACCAACAACAACGUUGGCAGCGAACCAAGUUCACAAAGAUCUUCUGUUCUCUCAACUGCAGAAACAGAGGUAGGACCAGGUGGUACAGAAAGCAUGGUCGAAACCCUUGAUUUCUCGGCUUGGGCCUAA